CCUCUUCUAUCUUCCCUCUAUCUUCUAUACGUUUCAUUCUCCCGUGGGGAUGCGUGCGGGAAUGUCUGGCGAGCCCCGCCCCUGCUGCAACUGCGACCAAUGAAAAGGCGGGGGCGGAACUGUUGCUUAGCGACGGGGCGGGGGGGGGCAGCUGCUGAGCCCGGCAAGGAGGAGGGAGAGAAAGGGGAGAGGAGACCGGAAGAGAAAGGCGCAGAUGCUGUGUGCUGCGUCUGAGGGCAGGAGGCACGCCUCGUCUUGUUCUGGCGCUGCUGCACGCAAGCCAUGCGGGCUGCGGGGCAUGGCGUGUGGGUCCUGUUCUCCUUCUUCCGGCUGCUUACAGAUACAGCAGCAAGCUCUCCGUGCAGCCCCAGGUCCUUUGGCACCGGUGCCAUGGUGUGUGUGUGCAACGCAACCUACUGUGACACGACAGACCCCAUCAACCCCCCACCCGUCGGCUCCUACCUCAAGUAUGUGAGCAGCAAGUCUGGCCUGCGCCUGGAGCGCAGCGAAGGGACAUUCCGGCCAGAGCGCAGCUCUGCAGGGCCCCUGUAUACGUACAACUCUUACAUUCGCUAUCAGGCGAUCAAAGGUUUCGGUGGGUCCCUCACAGACGCUGCCGCCAUUAAUAUCCUGAGGCUAUCUCCAGAGGCUCAAGAACGUCUGCUUCAGUCGUAUUUCUCGGAAGAAGGGAUCGAGUACAACCUUCUGCGUACACCCAUGGCGUGCUCCGACUUCUCCACACGUCCGUAUAGUUAUGACGACGACUGCCCGGAUGAUUUCGAGCUAAAGUGUUUCAGCCUGGCGGAGGAGGAUACCAAGUUCAAAAUCCCUCUCCUCCAGCGCAUCAAGGCUUUAUCUCGGCGGCCGCUCUCCCUGGUUGCUAGCCCGUGGACAUCACCGGGCUGGCUGCGGACCAAUAACAAUGUAAUGGGCAGGGCGCCGCUGAAGGGAAAAGCAGGAGACCAGCACCACAAGACAUGGGCCCAGUAUUUCAUCAGAUUCCUGGCUGAAUAUCGCCGAUACAACAUCACCUUCUGGGCCAUCACGGCUCAAAACGAGCCCAUCUUUUCCCAGCAUAUCAUGUAUAAGAAUUUUCCCGGCAAUAGCUUCUCCGCUGAAGAGCAACGUGACUUCAUUGUGGCGGACCUGGGCCCUGCCUUGAAGAGGAGCCCGUUCAAAGACGUCCUCCUCGUCAUUCUCGAUGACCAGAGAUGCCUGCUGCGCAACUGGGCCCAAGUGGUCCUGGGUAACAGCAGUGCAGCUCAGUACGUGGCCGGAUUCGGGAUCCAUUGGUACAUGGAUAUGGUGGUUCCUCCAUGCCUUACCUUGAGAGACACCCAUGAUCGCUACCCAGGCUAUUUUCUUCUCUACACGGAGGCUUGCAAUGGCUUCUUGCCCUGGAAACUUAAAGCAGUCGACCUUGGCAGCUGGGAUCGGGGCUCCUACUAUAGCAAAAAUAUCCUGACCACCCUCAACAAUUAUGUCACGGGUUGGAUUGACUGGAACCUGGCUCUAGAUAUGGAAGGAGGACCCAACUGGGUCAAGAACCACGUAGACAGCCCGAUUAUUGUCGAUCCCCUCAGGGAUGAGUUCUACAAGCAACCCAUGUUCUACCACCUGGCACAUUUCAGCAAAUUUAUCCCUGAAGGGUCUGUGCGAGUCGCUCUGACCAACGAUAGCCCAAUUAGCACCUGCAGCCUAAGCAGUGUGGCCUUCCUGCGCCCGGAUGGCGUUGCCGUGGUGGUUGUGCUCAACAACUUUAUCUGGGACGUAAGCAUCGGUAUCGAAGACGACUCGGCGGGCUACAUUGAGGAUACGAUUCCGCCCUAUUCCAUCCAGACUUAUCUGUGGAGGCGUCCGUGAUGCUGAAGGACCUACUCGGAGGGAGAUGGCUGUC